AUGUGCAAAACCCGCCUGGUGCACUUCUCGGUGCACGACGUGCGCCUGCCCAUGGCCACGGCACUCUUCACGGCGCCGGGGACGGACGGCGGGGGCGACUUCGUGACGCCGAGACGCCAGCGGCCGUGCCUGUGCCGUCUGCAAGCGUGCGAGCUGCUGCAGGACCGGGACAACCGGCCGCCAUACUGUCCGAUGUUCGAGGUUUGCCCCCAGCACGAUUGCUGCCUCGUGUGGCGCCAGGCCUCGCGCUGCCGCUGGUACUACGACAACGCCGGGGCGCCGCAGUUCGUCCACGUCGACAACGUCGAGAUACACUGCCCGAACGCGUACAUCUUGUGUGAGUAUAAGCCUAUUUCGAUGGUGCUGGAUCUGGACGAGGAGGCGAAUGGCCGCAGCGAGUUCGGCCAGCCUGGGGAAAGGAAGAGCAUGCCGCCGUGGGAUACGUGCACUUGGAAGGCGGAUGCGAAGCCGCUGUUCCCGGCUGGCGAGUUGCUCUACUCGAAUCACUUUGAGGAGGAGAAAGAGGAGGAGCGAAUCCCGGGUAGCUGGGGACUGACUGCUGACCGCGACCAGGUUACGGUGAUGGGUGAGUACUUGUGGGUCGACAAGAAGUCGCUCUACAGGGUGAUCCGGAAGACGUCAGAGUGUCUGGACCGGAUGGACCUAAGUCUGAGCUCGGGCGCGGAUUUCAGGCUCGUGGUUGCCCAGGAUCCGCUCCACUGGAUCCGGACGGCCAGUGAUAUGGUGCGGCGCGCGCACUUCUUCGAGCUCAGGGCCGCCCGGACGUACAAGAAGAUGAUGCAGCGGAUGAAAUUUGUAUUCACCGCGCUUCACAAGAUGCCUGGCCCCGGGCAGAGCGUCGUUGCGUCUGACGGAUCAUACUCGGUCUCGAGGGAACAACUCGACAUGGGGGACCUAGACCCGGCUGCCAUUAUCGAAGCCUGUGAGGGCCCCUUGAAGCAGGUGGCCAAGCUGGAAGAGCGCCUGCGGGUGAUCAAGGACGACCUCUUGAAACUCAAGCGAAGGCGCGGUAGAGCAGCCGAAAAUCUCCGUCGGCCGCCGCGCAUGCGGAUCGUUAAGGCUGGCAGCCGCAGGCCCUCAGCGCUGAAGGGAAGUCGGACUAGAAGACGCUGA